AUGGUAGUCCGGGGUCCAGGUGACUUCGCCUUUGUCGUCGUUUUUGUCGGCCCGGGAGCGAGGCGCCUGCCUUACAGCGGGGGUCCUAUCCGCCCAAUUAAAGGCGGGGGUCUUCGCCUUUGGAUAGCCCAUGGGCCUAUGAAAAAGGAAACUCAUGAGAAACCAGUUAAAUUUUCUGAAAUUUACUCAUCUUUGCCAGAUAAGCUUCCCAAGGAAGAAGCUGCCGAGCUAAGCUUUCCAUUGGCUUUUAUGGCUCUUCUGCAUAUGGCUAACGAAAAGAACCUGGCCCUAAAGGGUACUAAUGAUUAUGAUGAUAUUUAUGUUUCACUUGACUAG